AUGAAAACAUUUACAUGUUGUUUUCUAUUGGCAACGGUGUUAACACUAUCAUAUGAAAAAUCAAUUUCUACGAAGAAUAAUAUUUUAUCAAUAUCUGAUGGACUUUCAUUUGGUUUUUGUCGUAGUUAUUGUCAUCAAUCAAUAAAUAUAACAUCAACUCCAAAUCAAUUAGUUGCUUUGAAAGAACCAAAUUAUGCUCAAGAUACAUAUCCACCCGUGAAAAAAGUUUUUCCUUUUCCUUUGAAUCAAUGGCAAGAAUUAAUCAAUUUUAUUGAUGCUGAAGGUUUUCAAUCCUUAGCUGAUCGUAUUGGAUGUCCUGAUUGUGCAGAUGGUGGAGCUGAAUGGAUUGAAAUACAAUGGAGUGAUGGAAGUAAACGAGUUACAUUUGAAAAUGGAGCUUUAAUAAAAGGUUUUGAAGGACUUAUUGUUCAAUUAAGAAAUAUAAGAAUGUUAGAACUCUCAAACGGAAAAUCCACUUGUUCGAAGAAUAAGAUUUUAUCAAUAUCUGAUGGACUCUCAUUUGGUUUUUGUCGUAGUUAUUGUGGUCAAUCAAUAAAUAUAACAUCAACUCCAAAGCAAUUAGUUGCUUUGAAAGAACCAAAUUAUCCUCAAGAUGCUUAUCCACCUUUGACACAAAGUUUUACUUUUCCUUCGAAUCAAUGGCAAGAAUUAAUCAAAUUAAUUGAUGAUGAAGAUUUUCAAUCCUUAGCGGAUCGUAUUGGGUGUCCUGAUUGUGCAGAUGGUGGAGCUGAAUGGAUUGAAAUACAAUGGAGUGAUGAAAGUAAACGAGUUACAUUUGAAAAUGGUGCUUUAAUAAAAGGUUUUGAAGGACUUAUUGUUCAAUUAAGAAAUCUUAGAAUAAAAUAUACUGAAAAUCUUUAA